AUUGUCCAUAUCGACUGCAAUGCGCGUGGAUCAAAAUCUUGGAUAAAUUAUCAGUGCUAUGCAAGUAAUGGAAAAUAAUAAUUUCCUUCAAUUUAUGGAGCUCAGAUAACUACAGUGAAAGUAUGAAUUAUUUUUUUAAUUAAAUAUGUGACUGAAAUUUUAUACAAUAGUUUAUUAACGAGUUAUAAUCACCGAUUGUUUGUGGAGAAGAUCAUAAAUAUGUCGACGAAUGAUCAUGCUAAAGUGUCAGACUCUGGUUACGCUAAUACAUGCGACAAUAGUCAGUCCCAAAGGAGUGGGAGUUCUCUCUCGAGAAAUAGCAACAGGUCCGGAAGUAGUGGAUAUUGUGGUGGUCAUCCUUCUAAUUUUGGGUCGAGCAAUGAGGCUCUACCGCAGCCCAUCAGCAAGAAAAAGAAGAAAGAACAAAAAAAGAAGAAAUUGAAGACGCUGACAUCACUGGAAAAUGAGCACGGGGAUUCGGCUCAAAAAUGUCCUGGCCACCAAACUGAUACAGGAAUAUACAACCAUAUCUCCGUCAAUUCGGAGCAAGUUUUGAAAAAAUCAGAAGAAGUAGGAACUGUAGAAUUGGUCGAUGCUACGGAACCCAGCGAACACAAUGGUGAUCUCAAGUCAACGAUUCCUGACAGGGGAAUUCCUUCGUUAACUAAUCCUCUCGACAAUUCCAGCUCAAAUAUCAAUAAGGAGGAAUUCUAUACAUUGGUUUCGCUGCAUGACGGUCUAGUCCUGCACUCAACGAAUUCGUUUCAAACUAGCCUUGGCUACCCGAAGGACUCCUGGUUAGGGAAUUCUUUCAUUGAUCUACUUCACCUCAAGGAUCGUUCUGUGUUUUGUACAAAACUGUCUGAUACGUAUUGCUGUGGAGAGCGAGAGAAAGACAUGAGUGAAAAACAGGUGGGCCUUUUCUGCCGAAUUAAGGCGUAUUCCAGAGAGAAUGGGAAAGAAAAGAAAGAUGAGACCAGUUGGGAUAAUUUAUUCCCUGGGGAAAAACGUAGACCCCUGUACGCCCCUUUCCAUUUAAAUCUUGGCUUCAAGUACUUCCCUGAACAUGAAAGCGGUGACGAGAAGCCGAGGAUGCUCUUCCUCAUGAUUAUCGGUCAGCCGGUUCUCUCUGCCUACAAGGCACCGGAGGAAACAAUAAUAUCCUCGAUAUUUUCAACUCGGCAUACAGCAACGUGCCACUUGUCCCACGUGGACGACGAUAUCGUACGAUAUUUUGGGUAUUUACCCCAGGACAUGGUCGGACAGUCAUUAUUUGAUUAUUAUCAUCCUGAAGACCUUCCGUUCAUAAAAGAUGUCUACGAAACUGUUGUGAAAUUGAAAGGGUCAUCUUUCCGGUCGAAACCGUACAGAUUUGCUGUGCAAAAUGGUGGAUACGUUGUUCUUGAGACAGAAUGGUCAUCAUUUAUAAAUCCAUGGGGUGGAAAGCUGGAGUUCGUGACGGGUCAGCAUAGAAUACUCCGGGGCCCAAUGAAUCCGGAUGUCUUCCAACAUCCGGAUAAAGACCAGGACAAUUCUCUGGCCAACUUGAGUGAAGAGGUACUCAAAGAAUCUCAGAUCAUUCAAGAUGAAAUCUGUACACUACUUGCAGAGACAAUUCAACAACGAACGGACUUUGCCGCGCCUUUAUUGACGGAGAGAAGAACUGAACUGAUAUCAUUCAUGGAGAAUGUUAUUAACGAGAUAAAAGGAUCAACAAUAACAUCGAAGCUCGCAUCAAUUGCCGCCGACUAUGACCGCUUUUCGGGAUCACGAAAUCCCUUGUUUCAGGAACAUGACAGUGUGAUGCUGGGAGAAAUUUCACCGCAUCAUGAGUACUGCGACAGUAAAUCAUCAAGUGAAACACCACCGAGCUACAAUCAGCUGAAUUACAACGAAAAAAUUGCCCGAUUUUUCAAUAGUAAACCACUAGCCAAUGCCAUGUACGGGAGUGACGAGGAAAUCAUAAAUUCCAGUGUACCGAGUCAUAACGACACAGGAAAAACGAAUUCCAAUCAUACACCAACUAAAAGUACAGCGAAUCAUGACAGCGGUGGAAGUGGCAGUGGCGAAAAUUUGAGUAGCGCGUCAAAUAAUCGUACGAGUUUUGGUAGCAGAGAUGACAGUGUCAACGGCAAUAGCAAUUCCACGGCCUUGGAAAAUUUCAAAUUGCCAACGUUAACAGAAGGAUUACUCAAUCAACACAACCAUGACAUGGAGAAGCUGAUGGUACUAAAGCACAAAGAGCGAAGAUCGAGUAUAAAGAACAGUAAAAUGAACAAAGAUAAUAGAAUAAAGUCAGAAGAUCAAGCAACGGACCAAGAGAAAACAGCUGGUAAAACCCGAGGGAUGAAACGUGCGAGUACCCACAAUCGAGAGGAAGAAUUUUUCAAGUCAUCAAAGUAUGACGAUAAGACAAGAAAAUGCGAUCACGCUGGAAGAAAUCCUGCGGGUGGUGAUAAAACGAAUGUCAAUCAGCAACAAACAAAGAUGAAUAUGUGGCCACAGACGUCUGUCAUCCCUCCGCUGUCAAUUAGCCAGCAUUACAUGACAGCAAGUGCAACAUCCCAUCAAGCUCUCAGAUGCUCUCCAUUUCCCCACAUGGUACCACUUUAUUACGUGCCUAUGCCUAGAAUACGAGAUUACACUACAACUGUACAAUCGAAUAAUCAAUUUCAAAUUCCUCAACACAUCCGACCAAAUCCGUACAGUCCAUACGCUACCUCUCCAAUGGCAGGAAUAGUUUAUCCUCCGGUGCUGGGAGCUCCUGCACCAGCUCCAAUGAUUUAUGCACCUCCGAUGAUUUUGGAAGUGCCUCCAGUACCUUCUGAAAAUCCCCAACCGAGACCUGUGGUCUCACCAGUUCGCAGGGAUAGAACAGAUCAGCGAAAACGUCCAGCAAGUCAAGCAACUAGUGUCAAGGCAGAACCGGGCAGUAUUAUGGCGAUGUCGGAUUCCUCGAAGAAGCCUCUAUCUCUAGGAGGCCGUAUUUCAUCGAGCUUAAGCAUUGAUGGCGGUGAUUCAAGUCCUGUUGGUGCUCAAAAUAAAAAAAAUGCUGCCCAGAAUUCGCCGAUCGAGUCGAGUAUGGAAGACUCGAGUGAUUCAAGUUUUUAUGGAAGUUUUUUGAAUACAAGCAGUGGAAGUAGCUGCAAUCCUCAUCCAAUGGGACUUGGAUAUUCGUCGGAGAAAGUAACGCCACGCGUACCCUCCGAUCCGUACAAAAUCUAUCGUCCAAAGAGUUGGCAGCAAGUGAAACAGAUAUCAAAACAGCGGAGUGCAUCGUGGAUGGAGGGCAUCAAUAUGACACCGGAAUUAAUUUAUCAGUAUCAACUCAGUCCGAAGUCCCUCGAUGAUGUCCUGAAGAAUGAUAUGAAGAUAUUAAAUCGCUAUCCACAACCUUUACUCGUUAAUGAUCAAUUGAGUCAAUUGUAUUUGGAUCUGGAACUUGAGGGCUUCGAGAGCAAACUCAUCCUGGAUGAGAACAGUCCCUCAAGUGAUGGCAAUCAGGCCAGUGCCACUGAGGGAUCCAUCGAUGUUUCUACACAGCACAACCGCAUCAGGUGUGAGAUGAUAUACAGUAAACAGGCAAUGAUCUACGAGGAAAAUGCACCAUUGCCACCGAUUCCAGUACGACUGACUUAAUUUAUAGAGUAUUCACUGGUGAAUGACGUACAAUUCAGGGAAUAAAUUGCGGGCAAUUUUUUCGGUGGUUUUCCCCUGGGAUUAUCUGAUACUGGGAAAUAGAUGGAGAAUUAUUCUUGAUUUGCAAUUCAGGCGAACGAUUAUUCCAUCGAUUCUUGUGCUCACGGCAAUGACUGGGAAUGACUUUGAAGAUAAAUCGAAUUAGUAAAUGCAACUGUCAGCCAAUGCCAAGUGGAAUAUGAUAAUGUAUACGAAUUUAUAACGAAUCGCACAAGUUAUUUAUCAAUCUGAUUUGAAUUGAUUGACGUCUGGUGAGAGAACUCGAUUAAAAAAAAUAAUCUACACAACUCGUGUUCAUAAAGUUCGAGUGCUGCCCUUGUUCAAUUGCUACGGAGUAUUAUUAUUCGAAAGCUAAGACAUUCGCACAUUUGAAAUUACUAUUGACUCUGCAGAGUUAAUCAAGUCCAUGACAAUUCGGCGCUUACGACACGAUAAGAUUAUUCAGUUUUACAGAUAUUUCUUUUAAAAUAUUCAGUACUGCGAGACAGAUUCUAUACUUUUCUACACUCUAGGUACUUUUCUACGUAUAUUUGUCAGAUAUUUUUUUGUAUCGGCAUAUACUACUCUGAUUUAUUAACGUUAGGAUAUGGAAUAUAAUAAUUUUGUGAAUGUGGAGGGAAUAUAUGUACCCAUAUAUUUUAUGGAGAAUCAAUAGUAUUGAUUAAAUGAUAGGUAAAUUAAAUCAUAGAAGUAGAUGAUUUCCACGGAAAUAAAUGGGCAUUUCGUAUUUCUUGUAUCGAUAUUUGUCGGGACCAACUGGUGAAUUAAUAAUUUAUUAAAAACCCGGGGAUGAGAGCAGUAAUAUUUCUCAUGAAGGAAAUGUUUCUAUAUCAAAUCCAUACAAGUGUCGAGAGGAAGAAGGUCGUAUUCGACGUGCAUUAAACGUUGCAACGAUAAGAGAUAUUCUAUCCAUAAUUUUUAUAUGAUAUAUACUUAUUUUGAACUGAAUUACUGUAUUUCACUCUAGUCUGUAAUAAUGGAAUGACAAAUUCCAAGUGCAAUUCUAUUUUUUAUUCAUUUUAUGGAAAAUAUUUAAUCGUCUCACGAUGAAUCUGUACUAUAAAUCCAAUUUAAUUACGUACUUUUGUAGAUCGUGUCUAAUUUAUUUCUUUGGACUUUGAAAUUAUUCGAAUUAGAUUAAAUAACGAGUUUUCCACACGAGCGCUAUUUUCAGGUGAACGAUUCAGAUAUUGAAAUAGUUAAUA